AUGGGAGACUUGGAUCCUGUCACAAAACUGUCCAAAAACCUAUCUAGCCGUGUGGAUGAACUACUCUGGAAUUCAUCACCAUUUCAAUUAUCCUUAGAUAGGAAGGAUGAUCAUAAUAUACUGCACAAAGCCAAGAUGUUCAAACUAACCAGUUCUGGUGUUGGUGUCAAGGAAACCGAGAUUUCCAAGAUUGAACUCUCCAGGGCUGCAGUCAGCAUAGCCUAUGCCACGGUUAAUAGUUACAAAGCUAAGGUGUCCCCAAACCCGCUGAAUUCUGACAGCCAACAAAGGGAGAAACUUGCAAAAUAUUUCAAGACUCCUUCUUUUGGCCACAUCUCAGAGCUGACCACAUUUAUUGACAUGCAUGGAAGGAUACUUGCUUGGCAUUUGCCUGGGACUAUGGUAUAUAUUGCAGGAAAGGUGCUAGAGCAUGGUGUCCCAAGAUGGGGUGAUGGGGAGAGGAUUGUGAUUGCCCACUUUGUCAAAGAUAAAGUACAUGACAAGCAGGGCAUUCCAAGACCGGGCUUGCCGAUGGAGCAGGAUUUUCUUAUCCGAGUAGGGGCUGGUGAGAAGGAAUGGUGGGGGGGGGAGGGAUUGCGCCCAGGCAAAAAAAACCACAUCUCAAGGCCAUUUCAUAUUCUUUCAAAGGCAGAGGCAGUUUAUCACGACAAAAAGACUUGGAUGUUGACUAUAUGUCCUUCAAGCCUACAACAGGCAAAAGGGGGAAAACGAGCAUGGCUCCAAGUUCAAACCAAUCCACUGUAUGAAACAUUGGGGGGACAUUCCUCCUCUUCUAGCCCAAAAAAACAGACAAAAAAGGCUCUGAUGGAAUUUCCAGAUUCUGGGACUUAUGAUGCAUAUCGGGAAACAUCCAGAGAAUUUGUUCUAGAAGCAGAGGCUACUCAGCAUGCAAGAAAAAACCAAGAAAUCAUCCUGGAAUGCAAACAAUUUGUCUGUGAAGGCAUGUGUGAGUCUUGCCAAGAUGCUGAGGGCACAUUCAGCUGUGUGGCUUGCACUGGGGACCAUGGCUGGUGCCACCCUUGCAUGAUUAAGUCACAUCAGUCAUUACCUUUUCUCAAAAUCCAAUUGUGGAUUAGCAAGUGCUUCAAGGAUGUCACUCUUGCCGACCUGGGUUUUGUGUGGUACUUGGGCCAUAGGGGCAAGCCUUGCCCUUGGUAUGGAGCUUCACUACUUUAUGAUGGCGGCAUGGAAGCUUUGCCACAUGAUACCAACCCUGUUACUAUCGUGCAUUCUUCCGGUGUCAUGCAUGAUACACAAGAGGCAUAUUUAGCCAAUAGACUUUCUUUUCAGCCACCAAGCAUAUUUAUUGAGCUUGACUCAUCAUGUUUUGUCAUGAUUUGUCAUGCUUUUAAACAGGCUGGCUCAACACACCAAAUGGCAUUGUUAGGCCUCCAAAAGGUAUAUAAGGAGCCCAAUUUUGCCAUGUAA